CUUGUACCAUGUGACCUCUGUGAUCAUUCACAGAUUUCACACGUAGUAAGCAAUGAUGUCAGAAGUGACAUCUUGCUUACUACUCUGCAUGUGAUCACUGAUUGGCCAAUCAGUGAUCACAUGAUCGGGACCUCAUACAGAGGUCCCGCCCGAUGAUCGGUGUUCCACUGUGUCCGGAGGACACAGCAGGCACCGGAUUGCGGGGGCAGGGAGACGGUUUAUAAACGGCCACCUGACCCUGCACUGCCACCGUCCAGCCGUUUAUAUAUAACGGCCAGAUGGGAGGUGGUUAAGAAAAUCUGAUUGGGAUCUCUGU